AGUCUUAUUGGAGUCGGCCUCAAACUUCAAGAAGCACCCGCGCCCGCCCAAGAUGGAGUUCAAGAAGCUGCCCUUGAAGCACUUCCCGACGGCGACCAAGCAGUCGUCGCCGGAGAAGACAUACUGGACCAAGCUCCGUGCGCCGACGGAGCUGCCGCAGGUCGCCGCGGUCACGUGCAUCGAUGCGAGCCCGGUCGCGCCGUUCGACUUUGCGGCCGCGACCUCGACGCGCGUCCAGCUCUACAGCACGAGCAACAACGACGUCAAGAAGACGUUUUCGCGCUUCCACGACGUCGUGUACUCGGCGGCCUUCCGCGGCGACGGCAAGCUCCUCGUGACGGGUAAUGCCAACAGCCAAGUCGCGGUCCUCGACGUCGGCUCGCGCACCGUGCUGCGCAACCUCAACGGCCACAAGGGUGCGGUCCGCGCGGCCAAGUUCUCCAACGACAACGUGCACAUCUUCUCUGCCUCGGACGACAAGACGUGCCGGCUCUGGGACCUCGCGACCGGGUCGCCCGUCGCAGUCUACGGCGAGCACACGGAUUACGUCCGCGUCUGCGCGCCGCAUCCGACCUCCUCCAACGUCUGGGCGUCGGCGUCGUACGACCACACGGUCAAGCUCUGGGAUACGCGCAGCGCGACUGCCAAGUCGACGCUCUCGAUGGACCACGGGUCGCCGGUCGAAGCGUGUGUCAUGCUGCCGGGCGGCAACCUCCUCAUCUCGGCGGGCUCGAACGAAAUCAAGGUUUGGGACCUCCUUACGGGCGGGAAGCUCCUGCAUUCGUUCUCGGCCCACCAAAAGACCAUCACGUGCUUGGCGCUGGACGGCCAGAAGACGCGCCUCCUCUCGGGCUCGCUCGAUGGCCACGUCAAGAUCUACGACCUCGCGUCGUACGAAGUGGUGCAUGGCUUCAAGUACAAGCAGGGCGUGCUCUCGCUGGCCAUGACGCCGUCCAACUCGCACCUCGCGGUCGGCACGGCCGACGGCGUGCUCACGGUCCGCAAGCGCAUCUUCACGGAGGCCAACGCGAUCAAGCUCGACGAAGAAGUCCCGGCGCCGCGUGGCGGGUCGUACAAGUACUUUCUGCGUGGCGCGCAGGCCAAGCCCACGGACGCCGACCACGUCGUCACGGCGCGCCGCAACGUGCGCUGUGCGCCGUACGAGAAGGCGCUGCGCGCGUUCGACUACCGCAAGGCCCUCGACGACGCGCUCGACACGCGCGACCCGACGGUCGUCGCGAGCAUGCUCGAGGAGCUCCGGCUUCGGUCGGGCUGGCACAAGGCGCUGACGUACCGCACGGAAGAGACGUUGGAGCCGCUCAUGUCGUUCUGCAUCCGGUAUGUGGCCGACCCCAAGUACGCGCCGCUGCUGCUUCGCGUCUGCACGUACCUCAUCGAGCUCUACAGCCCGUUGCUGGGCACGAACCAGUCGAGCGUCGUGCUCGAAGGCCUCUUCUUCAAGCUCCAGGCCAGAAUCAAGGAAGAGAUGGCGACACAGGCAUCGAUCCUGAGCGUCAUGGGCAUGGUCGAGUCGGUCAUGACAGCACAGACGACGACGACGGCGACGACGGACGCGUAAACCUCACAUAUUAUAUAGUACCACUCGACCUC